UGUUUUGUCCUGAUUUUUCUGUCGUUUCUUUGAACAAUUUCUAUGUUUAGAUUGGUCUAGUUCAACCCAAGGACAUCUGUCGACAAAUAGUUGAGACUUGAGAGUUUUCAGGUGAACCGUUCCUAUUCCGAGUUCAUUGGAUGGCCUUAAAAGUUGAAGACGCUUAUCAUCCCUUUAAGAAUCCAGCUCCUUUAACUCCCAGUCAUCCUCGUUCAAAAUUACAAGGCUAGGAACCAAAACACACUCACACCAACAUGGCUGACGAAAGGCCUGAGCUGGAGCGCAUUUUCAAGCGUUUCGACUUGAAUGGUGAUGGCCAAAUCUCUGCAGCAGAGCUCGGCGAUUGCGUGAAGACCCUCGGUUCAGUCACAGCAGAGGAGAUCAAGCGCAUGAUGGCUGAGAUUGAUACUGAUGGUGAUGGAUUCAUAUCAUUCCAGGAGUUCUUAGAUUUUGCCAAGGCUAACAGUGGCCUGAUUAAAGAUGUUGCUAAGAUAUUUUAAUGUUACAACAUAUAUCCUUUCCUUUUCUUUGCACUGUUAUUUUUUACUCGGGAUGUAAUGUAAUUCGUGAUUGUGAAAGGCAGAGGCUAAGUCCAUCUGAAUUUUGAUUGA